UCAGCGUGCUCAGUUUUGUGGAGGCCUGUAAGGUGAUGCAUUUGCAGAGGGUGGAGGAGACGCUCACUGUUCCACCACUUGCCUCGUGACAUUUGGCACCACUAAUUGCCUCUCCAAUUAAUUAGACUACCUGCCAUGGUGCAAAUUGUAGCGGGGAGAUUCCCUGCUGCGCUGUGAACUCCUGCUGCCACCAUCCCUCUCAUCUCAGUGUUCACCAUGACACCGGAUAGAGACGCCCGUGGAACAUGAUGACAGCCGACAAGGAGAAGAGAAGGGCGAUCAGCCGCGAGGCAGCCAGAAGGAGACGACGGGUGGAGUCCGACGUGUUUGCAGAUUUAUCCCGUCUCCUGCCACUGCAGCCCUCCGUCCGAGCUCACCUGGACAAGCCCUCUGUCAUUCGCCUCACACUCAGCUACAUGCGCACACACACCCUGCUCAAAGGGAAGGCUGGGAGAAAAGCAGAGGCCGGUCACUCAGUAAAACAUGGACAAGUGAUGUUGGAAGGUGGGGCGGAUCGUCAAAAGUGUGGCGGAGGACGUGAUGAGGAAGAGAGAGAAGCUGAGGGCGUCGAGGCCUCGGAGGAGACGAACAUGUACCUGAGCAUCCUGGAGGGCUUUCUGAUGGUCCUGUCCACUGAGGGAGACAUGAUCUUCCUGUCUGACAACGUCAGCAAGUACAUGGGCUUGACACAGACUGAGCUGAUGGGACACAAUAUUUUUGAGUUCAUUCAUCCUUGUGACCACGAAGAAAUCAGAAACAAUCUGCACCAGACAGCAGAGGAAGUUUGCGGUGCAAAGAGGGACUUUGUCAUGAGGAUCAAAAGCACCCUGACAUACAGAGGAAGAAGCACCAACCUCAAGUCAGCUACAUGGAAGGUCCUCCACUGCGAGGGCCGAGCGAAGAUGUGUGUUGCCCCGUAUUCGUUUUCCUGUCUGCUGCUCACCUGCCAGCCGCUGCCGCUCUCACACACACUCCUCAGCACACACACUUUCACCAGCCAGCACAGCAUGGACAUGAGGUUCACAUACUGUGACCAGAGAGUUACUCUGCUGUUAGGCUACAGUCCUGAGGAGCUGCUGGGCCGUUCGCAUUAUGAGUUCUGUCACACGCUGGACACAAACUGUUUGACCAGAAAUCAUCUGAACUUGUGUUUUAAGAGUCAGUCAGUCAGCGGCUGCUACAGGAUGAUGGUGAGAAGCGGAGGUUACGUCUGGGUGGAGAGUCACAGUGCGGUCAUACCCAGCGUCCGAUCCUCCAAGUCCAGGCCUGGCACCCACAAGCCGCUCUGCAUCCUGUGUGUUACCUACGUCCUCAGCGGGGUGGAGGAACCGUCCCUGCAGCUCUCUUUGGACCAGACUGUCCACAGAUACUUCAUGUGAAUUGAACUCUGAAGAACAAAACUCUCCUCCCAAAACGAAAAAAAAAUCUUCUCUACCUCCAUCAACUUCUAUCAGCCGUGAACCAGUUUUUAUUAAAUAUAAAGCUUUCUAACUAAAAA